AUGCAUAAUAUGUUAGACUUCAUUGCUUGGAGUUAUACAAAAAAUGGUCUUUUUACGAUACGAUCGGCUUAUUUGGAGGAAUGGAACAAACAAUAUGGGACAAAAUUACAACAUACUAAUGGUAUGGGAAGAACCAAUGUUAAUCCUGUUUGGCAUGAGAUUUGGAAAUUAUCCUGUCCAGCAAAGGAUAGACGCAAACUGGUUCAAGAAGGAAAGGUUCAAGACGCACUCCAAACUUCCAUGGGUGCCCGGGCUAUAACGGCUAACUAUAUUAAUGCACACUCCCCAAAGGCAACUAGUAAAACAGGGGGUUGGAGCAGACCGCCUAUGGGUUUUGUUAAACUUAAUGUUGACGCCUCUUUUGACCAUGAUUUACUUAGGGGCACAGCUGGGGCUAGUCUCAGAGAUGAUAAUGGAAGAUUCAUCGUUGGUGGAAACUGGAGGAUGGAUUGGUGUGCCGAUGUAUUAACAGCAGAAGAGUUGGCUCUAAGGUUUGGCCUAUUCCUAGCACAAAAAGUGGGUGCAAUUGUCUUGUUGUUAACUCUGACAAUAUGUAGGUUUGAACAUUGUAAUAGACAAGCAAAUAAGGUGGCUCACGAACUUGCUAGGCUAGCUAAAUUUUCAGUCAUGAAGGACUGGUUUGAGGAGCCAAUGAGGGACAUUGGCACUGGGAUGAGGCUUAACGGUUUGGAGCGAAACCCGAUGCCAGGAAUAGAAGACGCCCUGAUGAAGGACUCGCCCAAGGCUUCCUCCUUGGUGGAGGUGGAAAAACCUUCCCUUGGUGAUGUUGACGUUCUGGGCGGCGGAGGGUCCAUGCUUACGGGGAAGAAGAGGAAGGAUGUUCCUGCGGGCGAGAAUGGCGGCGUGGCAAAGAGGGUGCUCAGGUCAGCCACCAUGAAGCUGCAUGUGGAUGCUGAGCCCGAGGGUGAAGCUGCCGCCGCCGCGGAUGUUAGCGAGUGUGACGCUUUGGAGAAGACUGACUGUGAGGCUACUGCGGGUGACAGUUUGGAGAAGACUAACUGCGAGGCUACUGCGGGUGACAGUCUGGAGAAGACUAACUGCGAGGCUACUGCAGGUGACAGUCUGGAGAAGACUAACUGUGAGGCUGUUGCAGAGGAUGGCAGAAGCGGGGCGCAGACAGUCGACGCUUCUAAAGGCGAUGAGCACAUGGAUGAGGUUCCAGUGAAAGUGGAUGAUGCUAUACAAGUGCCAGCUAAGUGUUCUGAGAAUAAUGUGGAUAGUGCCGGUAUUGCUCAAGAGAAUGGCUUAGACAACCAAAAAAGCAAUUUUGAAUCUGAUGAUAAAGUGAAGGCAGACGAGAAGACUUACUCUGCAACUCAGGAGGAGGAGAAUGUGUCUGGGACAAGUGGGGGUGGUACUGAUGACUCCCAGGAAAACAAGGGUGCCAAUGGACCUUGCCAGGGGGAGGUCAUAGACCCAUCAGCUGCAGCAAAAGACGAUGAAUUGGUCAUUGAUUUGAAACAUGAAGAGGAGGAGGUUCAGUUUGAGAGGAGAGUUACAAGGUCAUCUACAGUUAAACAAAGAGAGGCUUCUGGAAGCUCAUGCAAAAGUAGUGCAAACGCGGCUAGCAUGGAAAGCAAGGGGAGAAAGGAAGAUGUUGUUCAUCAUUAUACAAGGAAAGUGAGCAAUACUGCAUCCUUAAAAGCUGACCACACUGAACCUGCUAAACGUGGAACCAACACAAAGAAGAACACACCAAAUGGAAAGAUUAGUGCUCAAAGAAAAUCAGGUGUUACUGGCAAGGAUUAUCCUGCAAAUAUCACAGAGAACAAGGCAUCAGCAACAGAGAUAAAGAUCAAUUCGAAGCCACAGCCGUCCAUGAGAAGUGGCAGCAUUGCCAAGGCAACAACAAAAGAUGCAGUUCCUCUGGUGGAUCAGAAUGUCUGUAGUUCAGCUAUCACUGAAAAGAAUGAUACAGAGCUAACAGAUUCGGAAGGAGUUAGAUCUGAAAACAAGACUGCCAUGCCGAAGUCACCAUUAUCAGUUGGUGCUAAGAUUGUUGCCAGCAAGAAGAGGAUGUUGGAAUCAGGUCUUGAUAAAAUUGCUGGAGGGUCACCAGUUGAGACACCAUCCAUGAAAAAGACAAGAAGUACUUCUCACACCGAGUUAGAUCAAUCAAAGAAGUCUUCUGGGAAGAUGCUUACAGAGAAGAACUCCGGUCCAGACAAAAAAUAUAUUUUGACAAAACAGCAGCAUCACAGUCGAGCAGCUGAGUUGAGCAGAUCUGUUAACCCCUCUAAUAAAGAUGCCUGCAAGCUUUCACAUAAUGGAUCUGAUGUUGAUGGAACUGAUAUCAUCAUUACCCACAAGAGAAAUUGUAGAGGGCGCAGAGAACGUGAUGCUCCUGCCGUCAUGGUAAAUCAAGAGUAUUCUAGUGAAUCUGAGGAAGUUAUUGUUGUGAGAAAAGACAGGCGAAAAAGGAAAGAUCCAUUGCAUAAACAAAGGUCCGGAUCUAGACCAAACCGUUCUUCUGGUUCUCCCAAAGCAAGUUGUUCCAAAGGCAAUAGCGAGGCACAAUAUGGCUCCAGAGCAAAAUCUGGAAACCCAGGUGAAUCAACAGGUCGUUUUGAACAAAAGCGUCAAAUAAGCGAACAGGUAAAGACCAUACUUCUGGAUGCUGGUUGGAAGAUUGAUCUGAGACCCAGGAAUGGCAGAAAUUAUUGGGAUUCUGUCUAUAUACCUCCAAGUGGUAAAGGAUCUUACUGGUCAAUCACAAAAGCAUACGCAGUGUAUGAAAGUAUGCAAUCUGAGCAAAAGAACGAAGCUACAAGCGAGAAUUUAUCAAAGAAAUCUCCGGGCAGCCCUGGCAAAACACAUGCUUCUGUGAGUAGUUCUUUACCACAGGAGAUCCUCAGCAAACUAAAAAGAGUAGUUGUUAACAAGCGAAAGACCAAAGUUGAGCUUCAGAAGUUAAAAAAGAGGAAGCAUGGUUUGCUAAAGAACUCUAAAAAUUCAAAGGGCAGGCCAAAGGAAAAGAAGAAGAAGAUUUCAAAGGAAAGAAAAAAGCGAGGCGGUUGUGCUCUACUCGCUCGUGGAUCAAAUCAGGAGGCUGGAAGCAGCAAUGGUUUUGCUCCAUAUGAAUGGAAACGCACAGUUUUCUCCUGGUUGAUUGAUCUGGAUGUUCUAUCCGUCAACACUAGACUGAAAUGCAUGGAUGAAAGCCGCUCAAAAGUUCUGCUAGAGGGUUUACUCACCAGGGAUGGAAUUAACUGUAGCUGCUGUAGCAAGGUUGUCACAGUACUCGAAUUUGUGGCUCAUGCUGGUGGUCAACCGAGCAAACCAUACAGGAAUAUACUUGUGGAUGGGCUGGACAAUGACCUUUUGCAUUGUCUCAUUAGUGCAUGGGACAAGCAGUCUGAUUCUGAAAGACAGGCCUUUUUCCCUGUUAGCACUGAGGGUGAUGAUCCCAAUGACGACACAUGUGGUAUUUGUGGUGAUGGAGGCAAUUUGAUCUGCUGUGACGGAUGCCCCUCAACAUUCCACAUGAGUUGCCUAGAACUCGAGGAGCAUUUGAAUCAUGAUGCUCCAGACAAUGCUGAAGUUGAUUCAUUACAUUCUUGUUCCCAAUGCGAGGAGAAAUAUCACCCAGCUUGCUCUCCUGAGACUGAGGACCUAUCCAGUGUCUCCAAUCAGGCAGGAAAUCAUUUUUGCCAACAAAGUUGCAGACUGCUGUUUGAGGAAUUGCAGAAUCUUCUUGCGGUCAAGAAGGAUCUUGAACCUGAAUUUGCAUGCAGAAUUAUUCAGUGUAGCCAUGAAAAUGCACCAGAAACAGUUCUUGAUUUGGAUGGAAGGGUCGAGUGUAAUUCCAAGAUUGCAGUUGCUCUUUCACUGAUGGAUGAGUGCUUUCUUCCUAUUGUUGACCAAAGAACUGGGAUCAACUUGAUACGUAAUGUUGUGUACAACUGUGGGUCAAAUUUUCUCCGGCUGGAUUUCCGUGGAUUUUAUAUCUUUAUUUUGGAGCGUGGAGAUGAAAUAGUAUCUGCAGCAUCAGUCAGGAUACAUGGGACCAAGUUGGCAGAGAUGCCAUUCAUUGGUACACGACAUAUGUAUCGUCGCCAAGGGAUGUGCCGUCGACUUUUAGAUGGAAUUGAAAUGGUAUCUUUACCUGAGCCUCAGAUCCAUUUUGGCAUUCUUCAUGGUGCUUAUAUAGGACAAAAGUUUGGGGAUGUUCUAUUUAGUCCUCCUGUAGUUAUCCCACUUGAAGUUUCAGACAAGCAAGAAGUCAAGUCUAUCAACAUGUUAGUUUUUCCUGGUACAGGUCUUCUUCAAAAGCCAUUGCUAAAUAAGCAGGCUUCACCUCAGGAACACCCAGGUUCUGAAGGAGAUGUAGAUGCGGAUGCGGAGACCCAAGGUUCGGAGGUCAUGGAUCAGUUGAACAGCAGCAAAGAAGAUGCUGAAACUUGCAAAGAAUUUCAGAGGACAGACUUUGAACUCGAAGUUUAA